AAACAGUAGCGGCAAUGUUGAAACAACUACUGUUGUUAAGUUUGCCUAUUACGCUGUACGCCUGGCAGCUGUGCCAUGAUGAGUCGUGCCAAAUUACGAGCCGACAGGCGAGGAUCAUUGGAGGGGACAUCACGGAACAGAAUUCUAGGCCUUUUCAGGUCGCCCUGUACUCGCGAGUGGGAACCACGGGUGAAGUGGGGUUCUGCGGCGGUUCGCUCGUCCACCCGGAGUGGGUGCUGACGGCCGCGCACUGCUGCUACCACAACGGUCAGCAGGUCGACAACGUGCAGGCUAUCCUGGGCGCACACUCGCUGUACGACCGGUACGAGAACGGGCGUCGCAUCGUGAAUGUGGAUGAGGUCCGGGUCCACCCAGACUGGGAUCCGGACUCUUUUUCCAAUGACAUCGCACUCAUGAGGCUCGCUAACGUCAUGCAGCUUACAGAGACCAUCGAUGUAGUCCGCCUUCCGUACCUGAGUAUAUCCAAUUUUAAUUUCGCUGGGUUGGGAGCCACGGCAUCUGGGUGGGGAAUCGCGGCGCCAGGUGUGGAAUUCGUAUCACCAACGCUUCGAGAGAAGCUGAUGACGGUGAUGACGGACACGAUGUGCAACAUACAGUAUUUCGACCAGCUGCCUGCCAAUAUGGUGUGUGGCUUCCACGCUACGGCCGGCACAUGCAAGGGAGACAAUGGUGGUCCAUUGACAAUAUGGUAUAAUGCCACAGAGGAAGUUAUUCUGAUCGGCGUGGCGUCGUUCGUGGACGUGAGUGGGUGCAACGACGAACUUCCCUCUGUGUUCACAAUGCGGGCACUGUUGGUUGGUUUGGCUAUAGUGGCGGCGGCGGCGGCCUCGGCGCUGCCGUCUGCGGAGCCAGUCCUGGGGUACCACGAUGCCGUGGGCAUCCCUCACGCGGCCAAGGUUAAGGAAGCGGAAGAACAGUACUUCGCCAGCCGUGAUGACCGGGACUUGGCCAACCGUGAUGACGCGCAGGUUAACCCUCUCAUUGUGGGAGGAGUUGUGGCGUCAACCGGUGCUCAUCCUUACUUGGCGGGUCUCGUCAUCAGCCUCAUCAAUGUGGCUGGUCAAUCUGCCUGCGGCUCCUCACUCCUCUCCGCCAAUCGGUUGGUAACCGCAGCCCACUGCUGGAACGACGGUAUCAGGCAGGCCUGGCAGUUUGAGGUGGUCCUGGGUUCCAAUUGGCUGUUCAUCGGCGGUACUAGGAUCAGCACGUCGCAGGUCAUCACGCAUUCGGCGUGGAACCCCUCAACUCUGGCCAAUGAUGUCGCUGUGAUCUAUUUGCCUACCAAUGUAGCCUUCUCAGCUAUUAUCCAGCCCGUCGCCUUGCCGUCCACCACUCAACUGUGGGACCAAUUUGUGGGUCUGUGGUCAACUGCUUCUGGAUACGGCAAGACCAGUGACUUGCAAGCCGGCGUAUCGACGGCCAGCGUGGUGAGCCAAGUGUCCCUGCAAGUGAUCUCGAUGGCGCAGUGCCAACUCAGCUUCGGUCAAUGGAUUCUGGACAGCACCCUCUGCACCAACGGUAUCGGAGGCGUCGGCAUCUGCGGCGGCGACUCCGGCGGCCCGCUGGUCAUUAACUCCAACGGACAGACUAUUUUGGUGGGCAUCAGCUCGUUCGUAGCAGCGUCCGGUUGCCAGCUCGGCCACCCCUCGGCCUUCGCCAGGGUCACCAGCUUCUACAGCUUCAUAGUCAGCCAUCUGUAAACCUGACCCGACUUGAACGACAUCUGUAA